AGCUCAAAGAAAAGUUCCAUAGUUGGAACGGGCUCGGAGCCAUGGCAGAGCUUGCUUUUGUGAAUCCUGCGCUUCGUGGCGUCAACCAGGCAACAAGAGCUCAGGCAUCAAGCGCUUUGCCCGUACAAGGUGAAGCUCAGUGGCAGCCGUGUGCACUUGCCACCGGUUCUGUGUUUGUGGCUGGUGUUCUUGGAGCAACAGCGGCAGCACGAUCAAGGAAAAGGCAUUGCUUGAUGGUCCGUCCUCGGAGGAGGCGCAUCAGAAGUGUGAGAGAUGGCAUCAAGGUUCAGGCCGUAGAUGUCAAGCAGAAAGAGGCGGUGGCCUUGCGCGAUGGACAGAACGCGGAGCUUGGCGAAGUCUUGGACCAGGAGUACACUGCAGGAUUCUACACCGAUAUUGAAUCAGAGUCCUUGCCAAAGGGUCUGAACGAGGACAUCGUUCGAAAAAUUUGGGAGAUCAAAGAAGAACCAGACUGGAUGCUCGAGUAUCGCCUCAAUGCUUUCAGGAAAUGGCAGCAGAUGCGAAUGCCAGAAUGGGCGCACUUGGAGAUGGAAGAGAUUGACUUUCAGGACAUCGUGUACUAUUCCAGACCAAAGUCGAGGAAGAAGAAACAGAGCUUGGACGAGGUUGACCCUGAGCUACUCAAUACCUUUGAAAAGCUUGGAAUCCCGCUUACGGAACAGAAGCGCCUGGCCAACGUGGCGGUUGAUGCCGUCUUUGACAGCGAGAGCAUCGGCACAACCUUCCAGAAAGAGUUGGAAGAGGCAGGCGUUAUUUUUUGCUCCAUCAACGAGGCAAUCAAGGAACACCCAGAAUUGGUCAAGAAGUACUUGGGAUCGGUUGUUCCAACCGCGGACAACUACUUUGCGGCUUUGAACAGUGCGGUCUUCAGCGACGGCUCCUUUUGCUACAUCCCCAAGGGUACCACCUGCCCCAUGGAGAUUUCGACAUACUUCCGCAUCAACAACAAGGAGUCUGGGCAAUUCGAACGAACUUUGCUCAUCGCAGAUGAGGACAGUUACGUUUCCUACUUGGAAGGAUGCACGGCACCAAUGUUUGACUCAAAGCAGCUACAUGCAGCUGUGGUUGAACUUCAUGCUGCGAAGGGAGCCGAGAUCAAGUACUCCACUGUACAAAAUUGGUAUGCUGGGGACAAGGAUGGCAAAGGUGGCAUCUUGAAUCUGGUGACUAAGCGAGGAGUGUGUGAGGGUGACAAGUCUAAGAUCUCCUGGACACAGGUUGAAACUGGCUCAGCAGUUACCUGGAAGUACCCAUCAUGCGUGCUGAAGGGCAACGGAUCCAUUGGCGAGUUCUACUCCGUGGCUUUGACCAAUAAUUACCAGCAGGCCGACACUGGCACAAAGAUGGUACAUCUUGGCAAAAACACCAGGUCGAAGAUCAUUUCGAAAGGUAUUUCAGCCGGACAUUCCAAGAACGCGUACAGAGGUCUUGUCGCAUUUCGUGGGAAUGCCAGCGCUGGCAGGAACUUUUCGCAGUGCGAUUCACUGCUGAUCGGGAACAAGGGUGAGGCUUCAACCUUCCCUUACAUCGAGGCAGCAGAUGGGAACAACCAAGUUGAACACGAGGCCACAACCUCACGAGUCUCAGAGGAGCAGUUGUUGUACCUGACAAGUCGGGGUCUUGCUCCAGAAGAGGCUGUGUCACUUGUCAUCAAUGGCUUCUGUCAGGAUGUUUUUGACCAACUGCCGAUGGAGUUUGCUUCAGAGGCUCAAAAGCUCCUGUCCUUGAAACUCGAAGGGACAGUUGGAUAGUCAAAUGCCCAGAUUGCAUAGACUGUCUACGGAGCACUUUCACACUGUUGCCAGGUGGAGCUGAUGUUCUUUGGCUUCCACGAGGUGUCUUGAAUUGUCUUGACAUGUUUGGACUGGACGUCUGAUCCAGAAAGCCUGGCUCGCAGAAGGCACAAAGUGUCUCUCACUGCUGAGUGCAGCCAUUGAAAUUGGUGCGCUGAGUGCUAAGCACCAGAAUCUUUUCCACGUGAUAGCCGUAGAAUGUGUGAAUUAGUUGUUUAAGAUUCUAAGGUUAUCAUACAGGCUUCAAGGACCGAAGACCCAGCUUCCUGGAAAUCAGC